GGCCCGGGCGAGAGAAGAGUCGGCGGCCGGAGCCGUCACCCCGGGCUGGACCGAGCGCAGGCGACCAAGCGUGGCGGCCCGGCCGAGGGAGGGAGCGAGAGAGCGGGCGGGCGAGCCAGAGAGCGGACGGGAGGCAGCCGCUGGCGCCCGAGGGGCCAAGCGAGACGAGCAUCAGAUGCCAUGUGGUUUGUCUUUGACCCAUUGUACUGCUUCAUGACAGCUCUACCGAGUACCCAAUUGGAAAGAUUGUAAACCAUGGCUGUGUGGAUACAAGCCCAGCAGCUCCAAGGAGAUGCCCUUCAUCAGAUGCAAGCAUUGUAUGGUCAGCAUUUCCCCAUUGAGGUGCGGCAUUACUUAUCCCAGUGGAUUGAAAGCCAAGCUUGGGACUCAAUAGAUCUUGAUAAUCCACAGGAGAACAUUAAGGCCACCCAGCUCCUGGAGGGCCUGGUGCAGGAGCUGCAGAAGAAGGCAGAGCACCAAGUGGGGGAAGAUGGGUUCUUACUGAAGAUCAAGCUGGGGCACUACGCCACGCAGCUCCAGAACACGUAUGAUCGCUGCCCCAUGGAGCUGGUCCGCUGCAUCCGCCAUAUUCUGUACAAUGAACAGAGGCUGGUCCGAGAAGCCAACAAUGGUAAUUCUCCGGCUGGAAGUCUCGCCGAUGCCAUGUCCCAGAAACACCUUCAGAUCAACCAGACAUUUGAGGAGCUGCGACUGGUCACGCAAGACACAGAGAAUGAGCUGAAGAAGCUGCAGCAGACUCAAGAGUACUUCAUCAUCCAGUAUCAAGAGAGCCUGAGGAUCCAGGCUCAGUUUUCCCAGCUGGCGCAGCUGAACCCCCAGGAGCGUCUGAGCCGGGAGGCGGCCCUCCAGCAGAAGCAGGUGUCCCUGGAGGCCUGGCUGCAGCGCGAGGCCCAGACGCUGCAGCAGUACCGCGUGGAUCUGGCCGAGAAGCACCAGAAGACCCUGCAGCUGCUGCGGAAGCAGCAGACCAUCAUUCUGGAUGACGAGCUGAUCCAGUGGAAGCGGCGGCAGCAGCUGGCGGGGAACGGAGGGCCCCCCGAGGGCAGCCUGGACGUGCUACAGUCCUGGUGUGAGAAGUUGGCGGAGAUCAUCUGGCAGAACCGACAGCAGAUCCGCAGAGCUGAGCACCUCUGCCAGCAGCUGCCCAUCCCCGGCCCCGUGGAGGAGAUGCUGGCUGAGGUCAACGCCACCAUCACAGACAUCAUCUCAGCCCUGGUGACCAGCACGUUCAUCAUCGAGAAGCAGCCCCCUCAGGUCCUGAAGACCCAGACCAAGUUCGCAGCCACCGUGCGCCUGCUGGUGGGUGGGAAGCUGAACGUGCACAUGAACCCCCCCCAGGUGAAGGCCACCAUCAUCAGUGAGCAGCAGGCCAAGUCGCUGCUCAAGAACGAGAACACCCGCAAUGAUUACAGCGGGGAGAUCUUGAACAACUGCUGUGUGAUGGAGUAUCACCAGGCCACGGGCACCCUCAGCGCUCACUUCAGGAACAUGUCCCUGAAACGAAUUAAGAGGUCUGACCGUCGUGGAGCGGAGUCGGUGACAGAAGAAAAAUUUACAAUCCUGUUUGAAUCACAGUUCAGUGUUGGUGGAAAUGAGCUGGUUUUUCAAGUCAAGACCCUGUCCCUCCCGGUGGUGGUGAUUGUUCAUGGCAGCCAGGACAACAAUGCAACGGCCACUGUUCUCUGGGACAACGCUUUUGCAGAGCCUGGCAGGGUGCCGUUUGCAGUGCCUGACAAAGUCCUGUGGCCACAGCUGUGCGAGGCGCUCAACAUGAAAUUCAAGGCCGAAGUGCAGAGCAACCGGGGCCUGACCAAGGAGAACCUCGUGUUCCUGGCGCAGAAGCUGUUCAACAGCAGUAGCAGCCACCUUGAGGACUACAACGGCAUGUCCGUGUCCUGGUCCCAGUUCAACAGGGAGAAUUUACCAGGACGGAAUUACACUUUCUGGCAGUGGUUUGACGGUGUGAUGGAAGUGUUAAAAAAACAUCUCAAGCCUCAUUGGAAUGAUGGGGCUAUCUUGGGUUUCGUGAACAAGCAACAGGCCCACGACCUGCUCAUUAACAAGCCUGAUGGGACCUUCCUGCUGAGGUUCAGUGACUCUGAAAUUGGUGGCAUCACCAUUGCUUGGAAGUUUGAUUCUCAGGAGAGAAUGUUUUGGAACCUGAUGCCUUUUACCACCAGAGACUUCUCCAUCCGGUCCCUGGCUGACCGCUUGGGAGACCUGAGUUACCUUAUCUACGUGUUUCCUGACCGGCCAAAAGAUGAAGUGUACUCCAAAUAUUACACCCCAGUUCCCUGCGAGCCUGCCACUGCUAAAGCAGUGGACGGAUACGUGAAGCCACAGAUCAAGCAAGUGGUCCCUGAGUUUGUGAGCGCCUCUGCGGACUCUGCCGGGGGCAGCGCCACCUACAUGGACCAGGCCCCCUCCCCGGCCGUGUGCCCCCAGGCUCAUUAUAACAUGUACCCACAGAACCCUGACCCCGUCAUUGACAACGAUGGGGACUUUGAUCUGGACGACACGAUGGACGUGGCACGGCGCGUGGAGGAGCUCUUAGGCCGACCUAUGGACAGUCAGUGGAUCCCCCACGCACAGUCGUGACCCCCCGUGGCCACCUCCAGCUUCUUCAUCCUCGCCAGAGGAGUUACUUUUGUGGAUGUUUUAAUUCCAUGAAUCGCUUCUCUUUGGAAACAAUACUCAUAAUGUGAAGUGUUAA